AUGUCGAGAACGUCAACUUUCUCCAACUUCUCUCCGAAGAAUAUCGCGGUACCGCCAACCUCUCGUAAUCUCAGUCCGAAGCCUAAACGAGUCUCUGCUUCCCAGCUGCCUCCCACUGCGCUCGAGUUCUUGCGCCUAGCCAACGUAUCUCGACCAGUCGUGAUUGAAGGUACAGGCAGCGCUGUGGUCCCUUCUCGACUGUCCCUUACCCACCUUACAGGUCUUGAUAUUCCCGCCUUCAAGCGCUGGACAGAUGACCACCUGAGCGAGAAGAUGGGGGAUCGCUUGAUCUCCGUGUCUGUCACACCCGAUGGGCGUGCAGAUGCCAUACACGGGGGGCCAGAUGGUAAACUCUACUUUGUAGAACCCCAUGUGGAGAAAAUGAGUAUGAAAGGUCUUCUGAAGCGGAUACAAGAACACUUUCUUAGUGGAGAUUUUACCGGGCAGGUUGACACCGAAUCGGAGUUCGUUCCCCUCCAGGAAGAUGUCCCGAGCGAAAUCUCCUGGUGCAGCGAAGCACUCGGGAGGCCGCCAGAAGCUGUGAACCUCUGGAUCGGAAACAGCAAAAGCAUCACGAGUGUGCACUCUGAUCCAUACGAAAACAUCUAUGUCGUUGUGCGCGGGAAGAAGAAGUUUACUCUAAUACCUCCAACCGACGGCUGGUGCCUACAAGAGCGAUUCUACCCUCAUGCGCGAUUUUCCCGACACUCUCCCAGUUCUCUGUUGGAAAUUGUCCCCUCGCCGUCAGACACUCCGAUGGUUCGGUGGUCGUCGUUACCGGAUCGCCGGUUGAGUGAGGUACUUCCAGACGACAUUUGUCCGCUUCAUGUCGAGUUGGAAGCAGGGCAAACACUGUAUUUGCCGGUGGGGUGGUGGCACCAGGUUGAGCAGUCCGAAGAAACAACGAUUGCACUGAAUUGGUGGUAUGAUGCAGAAACUCGUGGGCUGACCUGGGCAGUCCUCAGCACGCUCAGAGAGGCGGUCCAAGUGGAUCGAGGCAAUAAAUAG